UUAUGGAGUUAUUCAUUACCUCGGCUCCGGCCAUGUGACAGAGCCGGCUCUGCCCCACUCUGUGCUGGGUGUGUGUCAGGUGUUCGGAUCUCUCCAUGAUCGCCAGCGAUACCCCGUCACCAUGUCCAGCUGCCCCAUCGAGGACAUCUUCCUGUACAAAGUGCCUGCUUACACCAUGUGCAGGUUUUAUGAGAUCAUGGACUCCCUGGACGACUCUCUUUGGAAGAAGUUCGCUUCCAUGAUCGUUCCGGAUCAGACUCAGCUGCGGCUGCUGGAGCAGCACGGGUUGCGUAGCCGCACGGAAGAGGUCAUUUGGCAAUGGAUCAACAAAAAUGCCCGCGUUGGGGAUCUCCUAUCGGUCCUGACUACUCUAGAGCUGUUACGCGCUCUUGAUGUCUUUGAGAACUGGAGGUCAGAGUGCAAAUCUCGUUUGUCUCCAUCGCAGAAUGCCCCUCAGCGGAGGCGCUCUUCCCCUCCUCCACCAUAUCCGCAUCCUUGCCCUGCCCCAGAGCCAUGUCCUGCGGAACAGCAAGAAAAAAAGCAGCAGCCCCGGACAGGAGCCACGCCAACGCAGCCCUAUGAGCUACCACCUCUGCCGCUUCCUGAGCCUCCUCCUGAAGACCUCCUCUUAAGUAGUACUUGCCCUUCCCAGGCUUCCAGCACAGGGGGAAGCAGUGACAGGGCACUCAGUAGCAUCCAUUCUUCUGUGCAGGAGUCUGUUGUUUCCACUGGCUUUGUAGAGACGACCAAGCAUUUUGUGUGGAAUUUCAACGAGCUUGUCCAGGGUACGAACAAUUUCUCCCGCUCCCUGUUGAUCGGGGAGGGUGGUUUUGGCUGCGUCUACAGGGCAACCAUGCGGAACACCGAAUAUGCAGUCAAGCGGCUGAAGCAGGACUCUGAGCUGGAGUGGAGCACAGUGAAGAAGAGUUUCCUCACGGAGAUAGACAAGCUGACUUGUCUUCGACAUCCCAACAUAAUCGAUCUGGCCGGUUACUGUGUACAGGGAGAAGAAUACUGCCUUGUCUAUCUGUACCUUGCCAACGGUUCACUAGAAGAUCGUCUCCACCACCAGGGCAGUUUCUCAACACUUUCCUGGCAGCAACGCGUGGGCAUCAUGCAGGGCGCAGCCUGCGGCAUUCAGUUUUUGCACACUUGCCAGCCAAGCAUCAUUCAUGGAGAUGUCAAGAGCUCCAAUAUCCUCUUAGACCAGGCGCUUGUCCCCAAACUGGGGGACUUUGGUCUGGCUCGAUUCAGCCGCUUUAGUAAUGACGCAGGCAAAAGCCGCACCGUGGCACAGACCAGUACCGUGAGGGGCACGUUGGCCUAUCUGCCGGAUGAAUAUGUGAAGAUGGGGAAGCUCACGUUUGAACUAGACACCUAUAGCUUUGGUGUGGUGCUGCUGGAGAUUCUGACGGGGAGGAAAGCCAUUGAGUGUGAGGGCAAGUCUCAGACCAAGUACCUGAAGGAUCUAGUGAAGGAAGAGGAGGCCUCCUUGGAGGAUGGAACCAGCGCUGGCAGACUGAACAGGCUCUCCCGCGUCUCGUCCCGUAUCUGUCGGCACCAUUUAGACUCCAGCGUAGGACUCUGCCCUGCAGACGCUGCUCAGGAGCUUUCCCUGCUGGCUUGUCGUUGCCUAGAAAGGCAGAAGAAGCGUCCAGAUAUGGUGGAGGUUUUUAACACUCUGAAAAAGUUGCAUGAGUCUCUUCAUGUUCUUGAAUUCAGGAAAGGAUAUGAAACUCCUCAGCCUUCCGCCAUGCAAAAUCAGAGUCCAGUCUUAGAAGAUAUCACGUCUAGUUUGAAGGCCAUGGUCCUGAGUCCGGAGGAGAAUACAGACAGAUAUACCCCCUAUGGAAACCCAGCAGCGGCCAUCGCAAAAGGCAGCGUCCGGCCAUUCAGCAGCUCCGUCUCCCAGUAUGAAGCCAAUUUGGACAGUUGCAGUGGUAUUUCCUCAUGCAAAAGGACUUUUCAGAAAGGUCCGAACACGCCAGUAGAGAGCGAUGAAAGUGUUCCUGACUUCUGUGACACAGCCGCCUCCCGUGGACACAGUGACUUGAAUGUUCUCCAUUCAGGCAGAGAGCAGAGCGGCCAUUUAGCAGCUGCUGCAGCCUUUCUAAGCCAGAAUCCAGCGCACAAAGCGCGGACCCAGUUGCCACCUGCUAAUACUUUAAGCGGACAGUAUUAUUACUCUAGCGAUUUGGCCGGAGAUAAUAGCUUGUCAUCUGCUGGAUCACCAGCUAUCCUGGUGCCACAUCACCAGAUUGUCGUGAAUCCAGCCAAGCAGAGGAUUGUGGAGCAGUUGGCGCUGUAUGAUCAGGGGAAAAUAAACAGCUUGGAGCUUCUCUCCUCUGGAGUCAGUCCAGGACAGCUCUCAGGCGAUCGGAGGUACCCGGAGGAAAGUGAUGACUUUCCCAGUUAGCUGCUACGCUUUAAGAAGAUACCAAAUGGCAUGAAGUUCUCACUACGGCGAGGAGCAGCCGCACAUCUGCUCCUUCCUAGCGCUGAAGAAGCCUCGAAACAUACACAGGAAAAAGC